AUGGCAUCAGAAUCCCGCCUCUACACCUUCUCGCCGGAGACGAAGGAGAAACUCCGCAAAUUCCGUCUCAGCACCUCGCGAGCCAAAGACCCGCAAGCAGUGAUAUACCAGAUCGACAAAAAGACCCUCGAAAUCUCCCAGGCGGACGACGAUGUCUACAGCAAAAUGACCGAGCUCUCCGACGAGCUGCCGGAUAAUUCGCCGCGGUUUGUGCUGUUGAGCUAUCCUCUGACGCUCGCUUCUGGACGCAUGUCAGUGCCGUACGUAAUGAUCAACUAUCUCCCGCCGACCUGCUCGAGCGAGAUGCGCAUGCUGUAUGCGGGCGCGAAGGAGUUGCUGAGGAACCAGGCGGAGGUCGGGCGGAUUAUCGAGAUCGACUCCACGGACGAUCUUGAGUCCAUUGAGGAGAGACUGAAGGGCGAGGAGUGA